AUCAUAGAAGCUGCAAUGGAAAAUAAAAUGUUCUGGGUUUUGACCAUUUCGUUAAUUGUAGGGCUCAGCAAUGCCUUGCUGCCUUCAGGACAAUGCAACGUUCCGGCAAGAUCCAGAGAAAAUUGUGGCUACCCAGGCAUUGAUGAAAUUGAAUGCAGCGCAAGACAAUGUUGCUUUGAUUCAAAUAUGAUGGAUGUUCCUUGGUGCUUCAAACCCAUUUCAGUAGAUGAGUGUGUGUUAUAAGGAAGGACUUCAGUAACGGUAGAAAGCACUUCUCUGCAUGAAGAAGCGGUACACAAGGCAUUCAUCAUGAUCCAAUGUUUCUUGACAAUCGCAACAGCAGAGAUCCUGCAGAAUACUGGGGCUAGCUGAAUAACUUAAACUCUGAUAUAGAUCACCACUUCUGAUUCUCUACUAUUCAGCACUUUGCA